UAUGGCUGACAUUUUAACAGCUCCAGUGGCUAAUAUUAUGAAAAAUACGGAACAGCAAAUUGAAUCUGUAAGAUGUAAUACAAAUUUCAUGAAAAAUGUUACAUCAGCAAAAUUAGAGCAUAAAUUUUGGCCAUUAAAGAAAGUUCUAUCUAACAUGGCUGAAGGUGUUGAAUAUCUAAAGAAAUUUGGGAAAUUUGCGUUGAGUACUAUUAAAGAUAUUAUCGUUGCUGUUGAUUUAGGCAGUAGUGGAGAAACAAAACGAGAACCGCCCUCUUUAGAGGAUAUACAGAAUAAAAUUGGUAAAGAUGGGGAAAAUGUUGAAAAAUAUCUUAAAGAGAAGUCAAACAAAUUCUGCGAUGAUUUAAAGAAACAAAGAGACUUGGCAUGUGAAACAAUGUUUACUAUGCUUCAGAAAGAAUGCUUUCAAUUUGGUCCACUGAAAAUGGGAUUUAUGAGUCCCAUCAGUCAGGUGUUAUGUAUAAAGCCGUGCGGUUUAGAGAAAAGAACUCCAAACGGUUUGGGUACAACAACAAAGGGAUACAUGUUCUAUUUGGGACGCCUUUCGAAAGACUCAAUUGUUAAUGUUCUAUAUAUAUUAAAACAUCCCAAGAAACUGUUUUAUAUAACUGGAAAAUCUUUUUCUUUUAUUAAAGAUGUUAUUGAGAGAUUUAUUCAAAUUGUUGAUAUUUUAAUAGGAUUAGCGAAUUUUAUCUCUGCUAUUCUAUUUUUUCGAGUGGCCUAUGGGGCUAGAACCUAUCAAAAAAGCUAUCUAGAAGAAGAUAAAUUUGAUAAUAUUUAUAUAACAUCUUACUUUAAAGUUAUAGACGCCAGAAGAUGGUUGCAAAAACGUCCAAAGCUUCUUCCAUUGAAGAAGGAAGAGAGGAAAGACUUUAAAGAGUUGUUUAGCUUAAAGUUAUCAAAACAAGAAAAGAAUCGGAUGAUAAUGGGUUGCGCAAGUCGAAUUCCGAUAUUUUUAUUGAUUGGUUGUUUAGCUUAUAUAGAUUUUGUACUUUUCACGGUUUCAAACGAAGAGGAAAAUCCCCUUAUUAAAUUUGUUCAAAAUGAAGUUUUUUGUUUCAAACCCGUUGGUAAUCGAUGUAUUGUUUGCGGAAAAAGAAAGAAAUGUGCUACAGCGAAAUGUCCGUACAAAGGAUGUAUUGCCUCCUACUGUGAUGAAUGUUGGAUAGAUAUUAGGAAAAAAUGUUAUAUUUGUACAAGGUGGGAUAUAAGCGGUGAGGCGAGUGACUCUGGAACGAAUUGA